GUUUAGUAAUGUCAUUGAUAGAUGUAUGAAUAUAAUGAUUGGAUUAAUGUGGUUAAAUUUCUUUGGUUUAGUUUUGGGGGUCGUCACUCAUUUGCCAGCAGUGAAAGAUCCAAGUUUCGACGUCCCAAUCACCAACGUGACGGCCGUUGUUGGGGACACAGUAACACUGCCAUGUUCCAUCAAAGACCUAGAUAACUACAACGUGACGUGGAUAGACCAUAAAAAUAUGAUACUUACCCUAGAUAUGAGACGAAUAAUACGAGACGAGAGAAUCACAAUAGAGAGACCCUUCAUCAGCGACUGGAACCUUUUUAUUCGAGUGGAGCUCUCUGAUGCAGGAACAUAUAUGUGUCAGGUCAACACUGUCCCGGUCAAAAGCAAAUAUAUCGUGCUUUCUGUACACGAACCACCUGCUAUCAUUCCUGGAAUGUCCAGCCCACAACAAGUCAUCGCUAAAGAAGGGAAAACAGUUCAGCUCGUCUGUAAUGUGACAGGGGUUCCCGCGCCUACAGUGACGUGGUACAGGAAGUCCAAUCCCAACAGAAAGCACAUCAACAUGGAAGUGAUUGGGUAUAACGGGACGGUUCUUCAAAUACGGAACAUCAGCCGUUCUUAUGAUGACGUUUACGGAUGUGUCGCUAAUAAUGGAGUGGAACCGCCCGCUAGCCGAGAAAUUACUGUAUCAGUACAGUUUCCUCCAGAGGUACACGUACAAAACAGGAAAAUACAACAAAAACGCGGUAAAGAAACAAUACUGGACUGCCGAGUGACAGCGAAUCCUCAACAAAACAGUGCAUGGACGAAAAACGGCAUCACGAUUGAAAAUGAUGAAAAGUUUGAAAUUGAUCUAUAUCGAAACUACAGAAACACUUUGACUUUGAGUUUAAAGAUAUCCGACAUCCAAAAUUCUGACUACGGAGCUUAUCGCUGUGAGGCACAAAACGAACUUGGUCGUGAUUUUCAAGAUACAUAUCUUCUCGGUGUAAAUGGUCAACCUGAAUGUUUUUCAUCUGUACAUGCUAUUUCUAUGAUUGGAAUAUUUACAACUGUCUGUGUGCUGCUAAGGUGAUUGUAGCUUCCUGAAUUGGGAGAAAUGGUGCAAAGUUAUUGAACUGCAGAUUCCAUUAAAUGGUGGAUUUCACCGCUCAGAAUGACUCGGCUUUAGCUCAAAGAAAACUAAUCUAUUAAUUCGGAAAAUGAGAUCUAGAAACCCGUUAGAUGAUUUUUAGAUGUUUCAUUUUUUUUUCCAAAUAAUAAACAGCCAUAUUAGGAAUUACUCGCACCUGUUCACGGACAAUGGAUGUCACGUGAUAUUGAGAGUUCGAUCCUCUCUGCCCAUGGACGUUGGAAUAUACUUAACACCAUAAUAGAUCAUGGAAUCAUUGAAUGAUUCAAUAAUUUUAUUACUUUGUCAACUUGAAGAAACUUUCUGUAUUGUAUGUCCUUUGCCUUAUUGACAUAUGCACCAUAAAGAAAGCAAAUGUUUUCUUAUCAUAUGGGAUAGAUGACCCAAUUCACCACUGUUUUAUUUCUAAUUAACUUACAGUUUGGCAUUCAUACACUGUAAUCUUCAUACUAAUGUCAUAUAUAAAUCUGAUUUGUUGGGCCAAAAUACGAAUAAACCUAAAAAGCUUUAA